ACUACGUAACGCACGGAACUCAGUAACGUUAUAUUGAUGCCGUUUUGCAGUAGCAAAGUAUAUUUUAAUAUUUUAUUUAUUUAUUGAAAAUUAUACGUUAUGGCUUCCACUUCCAAAGAUGUUCCGACGGUCGUUAUCCAGGAUAAUCCUCCAGACGAUUUGGAACCUGGUGCAUGUCACGACAGUAUCCUAAAUCCCACAGAUUCUUUUGAAGAGUUCGCUUCGGAGAUGAGCUCGAGUCUCCAAGAAAGGAAUAUAUCAUUGGCAACAAAAAACAGUACUAUUUGUGAGAUACAAAGUGAAAUUGCAGAAGAUUCUGCGCAAAUGAAGCCUACAAAAUCCAGUGAUGAUUUACAGACUAAAGAUGAGUCAAUAUCGGCAUCAACUAGCAACUCAAACUUGAUGGAACAGAAUGGUGAUGAAACAGACACGGAGAAGGAUGACUAUCUACAAUCCCCUGAAUAUGGUAACGAAGAUAAGUUGGCUGGCCUUUGUGGUGUUAUACAAGCUUUAGUAAGUGUAGUAGAAGAACAAAACCAGGAUAUCUUGAGAUCUAUCAGUACAAAUGAUUGUAAGGCAGUCUUCCUGGUGAAGGGGCCUUUGAUAUUGGUUGCAGUUUCCAAGUCAAAUGAGAGUGAAACACAACUUGUCUUACAAUUAACAUAUGCAUUUAACCAAAUAGUAUCAGUACUUACUCUAACGCAGCUGAACAGAAUAUUCGAACAACGACGGAACUACGAUCUACGGCGAUUGCUCUCUGGGGCCGAGCGACUUAUUGACCACUUACUUAUAUUUAUGGAGAAAGAUCCCGCAUUUUUAUUAGGCGCAGUCCGUUGUCUCCCUCUACCAGAAAAAGCAAGGGAGAACAUAACAAAUGCAAUUCAGACAACGUGCAACAAGAUUAGAGACCUGGUCUUCGCAAUAUUGAUCGCUGGCAAUCAACUGAUUACUUUAGUUCGAAUGAAGAAGUACACCCUACAUCCGUCUGACAUACACCUUCUGUUCAAUUUGGUUCGGAGUUCAGAGUCAUUUAAGACAGCCGAAAGUUGGACGCCGAUUUGUUUACCGAAAUUCGAUUCGACAGGCUUCCUCCACGGUCACGUCUCCUACAUCUCAGAAGACUGUCAAGCCUGCCUCCUACUUUUAACAGUUCAACGCGACGCCUUCUUCCCACUGUCACAAGCAAAACACACGAUCGCAGACAAACUGAGACGAUCGAACUGCCUGGUCGCCAUAAACGACGCUCUGAAUAGAAACGAGGAACUACCAACAACAAAUCCUUUAAAACACAUCGGUAUACCAGAAAUAAGGCAUUUUAUGUAUAAAUGCAAAUCUACUGCGCAACUGUUCACCUCUGAUCCCAUUAGCUUAGACAAGUUACAAGAUUAUAGGUUGAGGCAUAAAGAAGGUGGUGAUAUUACUGUGAAAAAAGUUGAACGGCUAUCCGACAUUGAUUAUGUUAGAAACUACAGGCAGUUCUGCAGUUCAAUACAUUGUACUUCAACGCCAGCUAAAUUGAUAUUUCGGUCGAAUUCCUGUGAUACUAUUCUGGCUUGGGUUACAAAUGGCUUCGAACUUUACGUAACGUUCGACCCUCUUAUGGAAAAAGACCAAGCCAUAAAAGCAGUAGACCGUCUACUCAAAUGGAUCAAGAAAGAAGAACAAAGAAUCUUCAUAAUGCAUGCACCAACAUUCUAGCCAAAGUUUAGUGUGCCUUCACUGAGUGGCAUGAUUAAAAACUCUUUGAAUCGAAACUCCAGCGCUGAGGAUUGUCUAUGAUUUUACGUCAAAUUAACCCGCGAAUUUGUUAUCUGUGAAUAUUUUUAGGUGUAAAUUUGACAGUAUUGUCGAUCUGUGUUUAGCAUGAAUUUAUUGUUAUUGUUGGUUAUUUGAAUUAUCAAUUUGAGAAUAAAAUUUAUAUUGGAAUAUAAAUAUCAAAUCUCAAAUCUAUGCUUCCUUAUAUUUUCAAUAUAACUGUAAACUUACUAAAGUUAUGAUAGUUAC